UUUCCUUCCUUUGUGAACUAUUUUUUGUUUACGUUUUCACCGCUAUAUUGUUAGUUAAUUGUUAUAAGAGCUAUAAUUGACAGUUCGGCUGAAGUUCGCUAAAAUUAUAGCUGGCAAAGUGAUCCACAUCCCACUGAAAACAAACAAGUAGCAUUUAAUCAAGAAAACGAAAUUAUACAAUAAAAAUGGAGUCAAUUAACUUCAACGACUUCUCGCCGAAAGAGCGCUAUGAGAUAAUAAGAGCAUUCCUAAUCAAAAUGCGCAAAGCCAACUCGAUACCAAGCGCGCAGCGCUUCUUCGAACAUUACCUUCGGAAAUUCUACAAGCUUCCCGAUAUAGUGGUCAGCGAUAUUGCCUACUGCCAGCGGGCCAUGAAGACGCAUCUGGUGAUGCACCAGACAAUUUCACGCGUUUUCGACGAGCAAAUGGAUGCCGAUCCCGUCAUCAAGAACACCUACUUGCACGAAAUUGAGGACAUACUGUGCGAGAUUAAUGCCGAGUGCCAGUAUAUGCUGAUGCGCCUUCAGGACGACAUAAAUCGCUUCUGUUUGGCAUUUGCCGAGCAUGAUCUGAAACCCAACGAUCAAGUGGUAAACGAUAUUAUCAGUGGGGCUAUCGUGCCGCUCGUGGUGGCUGAAAAGGUGGCGAUCACGCCGCAAUAUGUCGGGAAGCGACCGACAGAGGAGGCCCUGAUGCAGAAGUACUUCAUCGACACUACAAUGUCUACCCCAAAAUUGCCGCUGCAUGCCUACACGACCGCAGUGGUUAAGGAGAGCCGCCUCAACCUACAGGCAGCGUUGGCCCGCACGCGCAUUCCCCAGAUAGAGAAGAGCGCCGUCAAACAAGAGGGUCCAAAGGAAGAGUUUAUGCUGUCCGUCGGACUCAUCACCCACGUGGAGAGUCAACGCAUCAGACUGUUGCAAGUAGUUAAGAAAUCGAAACGCCCCUUAUUGCCGCCAAAACAGCAAUGAGAAACACCAAUUAUGUUCUCUAUUCGAAUGCUUGUUUCCAAAACAAAUCGCUGUAUAGAAUUACGUUUUAAUUUUAAAUGACGAAAAUACUCUGGAAGGUA